AUGAUUUCAGGGCAUGGACCGAUUUUUCAACACAGAUUGCAAGACGUAUUUUGCCCUCCACACGAAAACCAGGUUGUCUUGCAAUGUAAGGUCAUAGCAUCACCCCGGCCAGCGUUGAGAUGGUUCCACAACGACGUGCCAAUAGUAGCGGACGAGGAUCAUGAGUUAAGCUUCCAAAACAACUGGGCAAAGCUAAUUGUGAAGUCGGUGUUUUUCUCUGACGCUGGAAUAUACAAGUGCUUCGCUCAGAACGAAUUCGGUUAUUCUGCAUGCAGUUGCAGGUUGCUCAUGGCUGAUAUUCCUGAGAAACCAGGAAGGCCAGAAGUCAGGUUAGCGUCAGACAGCGAAGUGCUUGUAGUAUGGGAAGCUCCCGUUCGCACUGAUGGGCUCGACAUAAUUAACUAUUGCUUGGAAUACCGCCGAGCUGGCGAAGGCGAAUGGUCUUGUCCGUGGUUCACAGUGUCGAACAGUCUCGACUCGGAAGCGGUCAUCAUCAAAAGACUUGAGCCACUGGGCAUCUAUCAGUUUCGUGUGUUUGUUCGAAACUCGUACGGAUUGAGUGAGCCCAGCCUCUCAAGUCGCAUCAUUCAGACUCAUCCAAGAGGUGAAUGUGUGAAUGCGCAUCGGCUCCUGCUCGACGUUAAGCGCGCUCUAAAGCUAAACUUAGAAAUUUUGAAAAAUGAUUACGUUCUGAACGUCGUCAAUUUGCCGCAGAGCGGUUGUCUGGGAGAUAUUCCAGAGGACGAAGGCGAAGGUGACACUGAGGGAUCUCACUCAAACUUUACGAGCUGCAGCGCCAGUCCUGUUCUCAAGAACAGUACCGACAUUAUUGAUAUGGAUCCUUCCUGCAGAUUUCAACUUGAAUCAGUAAUUUUCAGAGGCAGAUUUUGCAUCAUUCGAAACGCAGUGGACAAAUUGAGGGAAAGCUCGUCUCACUGUGUUGCCAAGAUCCUGUCAGACAAGCCAGAAUUUGCAGAGAUGUCUUUUCGCGAAUGUGAGGUACUUCGACUAUUGCGUCACCGAAGCAUCGUGGAGUUCAUUGCAGCGUACAGAAAUGGAGGUCACUUAAUAAUAUUCAUGGAAAGACUGCACGAUGGACUUUUCGAUCGAUUCACUUUCGACGAUUACUACACGGAAGAAGUCAUCGCGAAAGUGAUGGUGCAGAUUAUCAGCGCUCUUCAAUGGAUGCACUUUCAAAGGUAUGUCAAAAAUUGAUU